GCGUUCGCUGCCGGGCCCGGGGCCGGCGAGGGCGCCUCGCUCGGCUCAAGGCCCCCGCGGAGAGGACUUGAGGGGCGGGCGGCGGUCAUGGGGGUUCUCGGUGCUGGGGUGGCGGCGCUGCUCUGCGCGGCCGGCAGCCUCUAUGUUCAGGCUGCUUGUCAGGAUGCCAUUGUCACACAACAGCUUCUGCAAGAGGGAUUUCACAGGGACCUGUUGGUGAAGGUAGAACUUGGUAUAAUGGGGGAGGAUAUAGGAGGAUGCACAGUGGCAGCUAGAACUCGUCUUCCGCCAGGAAUCUAUGUGGAUCCCUAUGAGCUGGCAUCACUACGGCAGCACAACUUAACAAAGGCGGUGAUAAUUCCUGACACUGUUGAUGUGGAGGCUCCUGAGUACUUAGCCACAGAUCUUGUUGUUCUUAUAUACAUGAAACCCGACCCUCAGUGUUCCCACUGUUUUCAAGCUGCCUUGCCUGUGCAUGGACGGUACCACCGGCCAGCAGAAAACAACAGGGAAGUGUUGGUUGUUCUGAAGAGUCCAGAAGUACUGAUCUGCUGCUGUGACAAUCGCCUGUCAACAGAGUGUUGGAAACCUUCUGAAGUGGAAGCUCCCUGUUCAGGGAGAAAUGACUACCCCUGUCAGUGGUAUAGUGUAAAGCACAAACCUGUAUAUGAGGAAUUGAUUAUGCAUGUUCCAGUGGGGCUCAGACAACAUGAUUCCUUAGUGUGUGUUGUGACUCUUCUUACCACGGUCUUCUGUUCCAGCCUGAUUCUUGCAGCUGUGUGCAAAUACGGACACUUCUCCCUGGAGACUUGCUCAGAACAGAAGCGAAGUAGUACAGAAUAACUGAGUUCAGUGCAGUAAAAUUAACAGAUUAUUGAUUGCAUCAGCUUCCUAAAUGAAUCCUACUCUACUAUUAUUUAUUUUGGUAGUAUGCAAAGAUACUACCAUGGAUUCUAGUUCUCUUGGCCUAAUUCUUAUAAACACAUUUCACACAUGAAACUGUUUCAGCGCAUCAGGUGGAUGAGAACAGCCCUGCAAAGAGCUGAAAUGACUUGCCACAAGCCGUGCAGCAAUAGUCAGAAACAGAGCCUGCUUCAGCUGUAAUGCCGCCUCUUGCAGAGAUGUUUGUAUUUCUUGAAUUCAAAUGAACUGACUUGGGGAUUGGUUAUUAAGGGUAUAAAAAACUUUAUCUAGUCAUUAAAGCUUCUGAAUUUUAA